AUGCCCAGCCACUACUUCCGGGUCUUUUGUCCCCGCCCCUUCCACCUCCUCCAAUGGGCAGCCAGCUCCUAUAGAGGCGCGCGCGCUCUGCCUCCUCCUAUUGGCUGCGCUGUGGGAGGCGUGGCCGCGUUUAGCCACGCCUCCAGCGAGGUGGGGGCUCGGCGCGGCCGCGAUGGAGCUGGAGCAGCUGCGGAAAAGCUACCGGGGGGACAGCGAGGCGUUCGAGGAGUGCCACCUGGUGUCCCUGGAGCCCCUGGAGCAGUUCCGGGCCUGGCUGCAGGACGCGCUGCAGUGCCCGGACAUCGCCGAGCCCAACGCCAUGUGCCUGGCCACCUGCUCCAGGACUCCAAUCCCUUCGCCUCCCUCGUCUUCUACUGGGAGCCGCUCUGCCGCCAGGUGCGCAUCGAGGGCUCGGUGCGGCGCCUGCCCGAGGAGGAAUCCGAGCGCUACUUCCAGUCCCGGCCCCGGGGCAGCCAGAUCGGGGCCCUGGUCAGCCGGCAGAGCUCGGUCAUCCCCGACCGAGAGUACCUGCGGAAGAAGAACGCGGAGCUGGAGGAGCUGUACCGGGACAAGGCGGUGCCCAGGCCGGACUAUUGGGGCGCGUACGUGGUGGAGCCGGAGCUGGUGGAGUUCUGGCAGGGCCAAUCGAACCGGCUGCACGACCGCAUCGUGUUCCGGCGCCUGCGGGACCGCGCGGCGCCGCUCGGGGCCAUGACCCGCCGCGGCCACGGCGACUGGGUCUACGAGCGCCUGUCGCCCUGAGCCGGCCCGGAACGGCCCCGGAACGGCCCCGGAACGGCCCCGGGAACGGCCCCGGGAACUGCCCCGGGAAC